AUCAGCGCGGCCACCGCCUGUGCACCUUGGCUCUCACCGGCCGCAUCCACCCCCAUGGAGGUCCCUCCCGAAUCGCUUCAGCAGCUUCGCGUCGCCGUCGCCCGGUGCCAGCAGGAGCUCGACAGCUUCACCGCAGAGGACACCGAUCUCGCGCGCUCGUUCGUCGAUGAGCUCCGCCGGCUCUUCUCCGGGCCGGCACUCGGCCUCAAGCGGCCAAAGCGGCCGCGCUCGAGCGAGCCGGUCGAUCCGCUCUGGCUCUCCGACUCCGAGCCGCCUCCGCCUCCGCGCCUCCUCGACCUUCCCGCCGAGCUGGUCGUGCACGUCCUCAAGCGGCUCGCGACGGCCGACCUCGGGCGGAUCGCGGGGACGUGCCGGUACCUGCGCGGCGGCGCGGCGUACGGGCGGCGGGCAAUGUCGCCCGUCGAGGCCGCCAUCCGCGUCCGCUCCCACAAGAGCGGCGUCGUCGCCCCCACCAGCCUCCCCGAGGUGGACGGCGCCUGGGUGCAGCGGCUGCUGCGGCUCGAGAGGCUGGCUGUGGCGGCGCGGCGCGUGGCGGCGGCGGGGUCGUCGCAUUCGCUCUUCGUGGGCGAGGAGGGGCAGCUCUUCUCCUGCGGCACCGAACUCUCUCCCGACGGCUCCCGCGUGCGCGGCCUCCUCGGCCACGGUGGCUUGGUCGGAUCCGUCCCCAUCGCCGCGGUGCCCGUGCCGGUGCGCGGGCUGGCGGGCGUGCGGGUGAGCGCCGUGGCCGCCGGCGCUUGCCACUCGCUCUGCCUGGUGGAGGGCGGCGCUCUCUUUUCGUGGGGCAGCGCGGCGGGCGGGCGGCACGGCCACGGCGGCGGCGCGGACGUGGUUGAGCCGCGCCGCGUCGAGGCGCUGGCGCACGAGGUUGUGGUUGCCAUGGCGGCGGGGAACCUGCACUCGCUGGCGGUUGCCCAGACGGGGGCCGUGUACUCGUGGGGCGGCGGGCUCUUCGGCGCACUCGGCCACGGCAGCGAGGCGGCGGAGGAGGCGCCGCGCCGCACCGAGAGCCGCACGGUCGCCCUCUCGGACCACCAUUCCCUCGCCCUCACCUCGGCGACGCGGCUCGUACCGACGCCCGUGCGUGCGCUGCGCUGGCUGCGGAUGGCUGCGGUCGCGGCCGGCGACUACCACUCGCUCGGCGACCAGCUCGAGCCGCAGCUCGUCGCUGCUCUGCGGGGCGUGCGCGCCGUCGGCAUCUCGGCGUGCUACUACCACUCCCUCGCCCUGGCCGACGGCGGAGAGGUCUACUCGUGGGGGUCGGGCUCAUAUCUCCCCAUAUCUCCCCAUAUCUCCCCAUAUCUCCCCAUAUCUCCGCAGGUGUACUCGUGGGGGUCGGGCUCAUAUCUCCCCAUAUCUCCCCAUAUCUCUCCAUAUCUCCCCAUAUCUCCGCAGGUCUACUCGUGGGGGUCGGGCUCAUAUCUCCCCAUAUCUCCCCAUAUCUCCCCAUAUCUCCCCUCUAUACCGCAGGUGUACUCGUGGGGGUCGGGCUCAUAUCUCCCCAUAUCUCCCCAUAUCUCCCCAUAUCUCCCCAUAUCUCCGCAGGUGUACUCGUGGGGGUCGGGCUCAUAUCUCCCCAUAUCUCCCCAUAUCUCCCCAUAUCUCCCCAUAUCUCCGCAGGUGUACUCGUGGGGGUCGGGCUCAUAUCUCCCCAUAUCUCCCCAUAUCUCCCCAUAUCUCCCCAUAUCUCCGCAGGUGUACUCGUGGGGGUCGGGCUCAUAUCUCCCCAUAUCUCCCCAUAUCUCCCCAUAUCUCCCCAUAUCUCCGCAGGUGUACUCGUGGGGGUCGGGCUCGCACGGCAAGCUGGGCCACGGCGACAAGCUGCCGCAGGUGGAGCCCCGCCGCGUGCACGCGCUGCGCGGGGUGCGGGUGCGGUCGGUUGCGGCGGGGGUCGGGCACUCGCUCGCCACUGCGGACGACGGCGGCCGCGUGCCACGGCCGGGGCGACGGCCCCUGAGGCCUCCAUUCCGCUCAUUGGCCAGCUCUCUGCCGAGUAGGCGCGCCGCGCGCGGCUGGGGCGACGCCGACUCGUGGACGGAGCGGCUGCAGUUGCGGCGGGACCAGCUGCUGCCGCUGCGCUACCCGCACUUGCGUGUGGCGCUGCAGUAG